GCAGUUUUCUUAGUAAUUUUAUGUUCAUUUGUUUUUUUUCCAAGAAGAGGGCUGGUCCUGACUCAGAAUAAAUCCCAUUCCCUUCCUCUUUCACUCUUAUCACUCCUUUUUCUUUGAAGACUCACACAUCAUCUCUGGGCUUGAAGAUUUGGAACAACAAACAUGAAGUUCACUGUGUUUCUGAGUGGACUCCUGCUGCUCUUUCUGCUUCCCGACUGGACAGAAAGUGUUGAAGACGACACUGUGGACAUCAAUACUCUCGGCCGUAUUAUCAACUUCUUUGAGCAGAACUAUAAGAGAGUCGACAGUGAUGGAGUUGAACGUCAGUACGCUGCAGCCAUCAAUGUGCCGAAGCAUCAGUGUCAACAGAACUUCUUUCCUGCACAGAACAACUUCCUGACUCAGGAGAAUGCUUUCAAUGUGAAAAAUGCAAUUACUGAUGAAACAAACGCACUUUACCAAGGUUCAGAGCUCAUCGCUGCAGGAACUAGGAAGGUUGUAAUUAGUAAAAAGAAGCAAUUCAACAUGCAUUCAGAGUCUCUCCUGCUGAAUCCUGCUGACAAUUCACCUAUGACCAAACUUUUGAAUAAAAGAAAAGACAGCUGCUCUGUUUUCUACACAUUUGAUUCUCCCUGUGUUGACACGUGUCUGAGUGCUACAGGGAGUCACAGCAUUAUAGAGGCUCUGAAGAACUGGAAAGAUCAUGAUGGUAUUAAAGCUUUUGUCUUCAAGGAUUUCUGGAAGUUUGACACAGAAAAAGAUCUUCAGACUAAGUUUAAGCAGAUUGUGGCUCAUGUUCCUCUCUUCCGCUGUGUGAGUGAGAAUCAGUGUUAUGCUUGUAAAGGGGAAGGAAACACCGCCAUAGAUGCACACUGUUUGCCUUAAAGAGAGAUCUAACAGUUAUGUUAGUAACAUUCAUUUCUUUCACAUGUGAUUCUGUGUUAAGAUCUACUAUCCUUUGUUUUGAAAUUCAGCAUGCUUAGAUGAAGAAGUAAAAUGCAUUUAAAAAAUAAUCUUGCUUCCUACUUCAACAAAUAAAAUUCUUCUGCUUGGCA